UAAAUAUAAUUUUAGUUUAUUAACACAAUUUCAACAAGUCACACUAUUUUUUUAAUAAAUUCAUAUUUAUUGGAAAAUUUAUACUAAAGAAAAUAUUCCAUAAACAUGUCCCCCGAAAUAAAAUGUGGUGAUUUAAUAUUAAAACUAGACUUGGGUCAACCCAGUGCCAAAGCCCAGGAAAAAGCUUUACAGGAACUAAGAGAAACACCCGAAAAUAUAGAAAAUGGCUUAAAACAAUUGCAAAUAUUAUUAGAAGCCGAAACUGAUUUAUAUAUACCCCAAACGAAUGUCGAGUGGUUGAUGAAGUUUUUGAGAGCCUGUAAAUUUUAUCCGGAAAGUGCUAGAGAUUUGGUCAAACGUUAUUACAAUAUACGCCGAAAAUAUACCGAAAUUACAAAGGACUUGACACCCCCAAAAUUGAAGCAUGUUUUUGAUGCAAAUUUAGUAACCAUAUUACCUCAACGUGAUCAAGAUGGACGUCGUAUAGUUGUAACAGUUUCAGCUGGCAAACCCUGGAACUAUAAAGUCAUACCCCAUGAAAAUGUCUAUGCUGCCAGUACUCUCUGCACCGAACUCAUACAACUGGAACAGGAAACUCAAAUAAAUGGUGUAGUCUAUAUAGUAGAUUUACACGAUUUAUCCAUUAGUCAAGCUUUACAGUUCACACCUUAUCGCAUGAAACGUGUGCUCGACUAUAUACAAAAUAAUAUUCCACUCAGAGUCAAGGGUUUGCAUGUUGUCAAUCAACCGAAAAUUUUUGAACCCAUAUUUGCGACAAUUAAAAUAUUUUUCAAUAAAAAAUUUAAUGAACGUAUAAUAUUACAUGGUACGAAUUAUGCUUCGUUACAUCGUUAUAUCUCGCCCGAUUGCUUACCAGAAUGUUAUGGUGGUACUUUGAAGACGAAGUUAAUGUAUGGUCCAGAGACUUAUGAGUUGCUAUCACAUUAUCAGGAGUAUUUGGAAGGAUUGGAGAAGUAUGGUUUUAAAAAGGAUUAGUAGUCAAAAGGUGAUAAAGCAUGGCGAUUUUGGAAUAUGAUAUUAUGUCUUAAUUAGUAUCUGGACCAGUCAAUAGCUUACUUUUUAUUAUAAUUUAGAUUUUUGUUUAUUUCUGGUGGCUAAAAAGUUCGGAAUAUGGUAUAACUAUAUAAUAAA